AUGCGUUCCUUACUUUACUUCUUGCUGAUUAUUAUCGCUGCCGCUUCGGCUGCAAUUGUACAAUCGCCCAGCGAUAAAGAUAUUGUUCCACAUGGAGAAGAAUGUGAGUUUAAGUAGAUAUCAGGCAAUUUCAAUAACUUUAAUUUCAGUGUUGGAUGUUGACACAAUUUUCCGCGCGAUGGGCGUACCAUUCUGUAUGAGAAAGUGCAUUGAUGGAUUUAUCAACUCGACAACAACACUUUGGACAAUGAGAAAUGUUGUCGGACAGGCCAGAAAUGUUUGCACGUGAGUUUUAGACAAAAACUGGAUAACUCUCUUCAAUUUCUUUGUUUCCAGAUCACACGCCAAAGCAAUUUCUUGUUUGAAACACGAUCAAUUUUGCGAUAUGAACAAGAUUUUCAAAGUGGCAAGCAGCAGUGUGGAAUAUAUGUGCACAAAGAAAUAUGUGCUUUUCGAAAGAAUGGAAAAAUGUUUGACGCCAGUCGUCGACAAAAUCAUGGAAGAAUGCGACAAUACCUGCUACUCGCGCUCAAAUCUCACCGCAUUUUCCAAUAAUUCAAACAUCCAAUUCGCUGCAACUGUCGGUGGAAAUGUCUUCAUCGUCACCGAUCAUUUGGGCGAUCUCUGCGGCUCUCUUCAAUGCACUCUUCCUUGUGUAACACAAAAAUUGAAUCAAGCUUGUGCUUUGAGCGGUUGGCUCGCUUUGGACAUGCUUAUGCAACCAUUCGACGCGGCUACUGUUAUGAUCGAACAACUUGCACCACCAUUACGUGAUCUUGUCAUCAAAAAAGUUGACAAACGCUGCCGUUUUGCCAUUAAUGCCUCACAACUCAAUCGUAUUCGCAACGGCGAUUUCACUGCUUUUAACAGUUUGUAA